AUCAUACAUUGACAGCCAUGCUUUCCUAAACUUUAUUAAUUAGUACGUAGUAGAAUUAUUUUUUUUCUUCUAUAUUUUUUUUCUAUUUAGAAUAUUAAUAUUUCUAUUACAAUAUUAUGAUUUUCAUGAACUUUAACACAUAAGGACGAUAGUAAUUAAAUCAAAUCUUCAAAUUAAUUUCAAUCAACUGAAACAUUUCUAUUUUUAUUCUGUAGAUGGCAGGAUGAAAGGGUUAGGAAAGUGAGGGAGAUGAGUUCAGGACUUUUCCAAUACGUGUUGAUGUUUACAAACUAAACGUUAAAAGAUUCCAUGUAGUAUAGAACAGUUUUGAUUGAAAUAUUUCGUUACGAUGGCUCAAGCCAAACAUAAUUUGUCAGAAGCAUCUAAUGGGACGAUGAUGGAAAAAGAAAAGGACAGUAAUGAAGAUAAAGAAGCAGGUUCUGUAACGAUACCAGAAUGUGCUGUUUGUCUUCAACCUUGUAUACAUCCAGCAAGAUUACCUUGCAAUCAUAUUUACUGCUAUUUAUGCGUAAAGGGUGUUGCUAAUCACAAUAAAAGGUGUCCUAUGUGUCGUCAAGAAAUGCCAUCUGAUUUUGUUGAAAGACCACAAUUGGUAGAAGUCGAUGAAUUAAAGGAAUUAGAACGACCAGAGGAAGAAUAUCAAUGGUUUUACGAAGGCAGAAAUGGUUGGUGGAAGUAUGAUUCAAGGAUCAACAAGGAUUUGGAGACUGUAUAUGAACUAGGUGAUACUAAAUGUGAAAUGUUGAUCUGUGGCAUACUUUAUGUGAUUGACUUUGAAAAGAAAUGUCAGUACAGAAAAUAUCAGCCACGUUACAAAAGAAAUAUCAAACGUGAUAGAAAUGAUGCACAAUGUAAAGGAGUUUCAGGAUGGUGGCAAUAUGAUCAACGUACAAGCCUUGAAUUAGAAACUGCUUACAAACAAGGAAAGAGGACUUGUGAUUUAUUAAUUGCAGGGUUUUUAUAUAUUGCGGAUUUUGGUUCCAUGCACCAAUUACGUAGGAAUGAUCCUUCCAGGAGAAGAAGAAUUAAACGAGAUUUGUAUAAUGUUCCAAAAAAAGGAGUCGCUGGUUUGAGACUGAAUGUUCAAGAAGAAGAAAUGAUUAGAGAAAUAAGAGGAGCAGAAAGACCUGCAAGUCCUGAAAGUGAUACUAUAAGUGGAGAUGGUACUAGUACUCCUAUACCACCAAGUAAUACUCCACAAACACCAGCUGGUGGAACUGCAAGUGGUGAUGCUACGCCAUUAAAUGACAGAGUGGAUCAAAGAUCUGAUUCUUUACAUCAAGUUUUAGAACAAAUGCGUUCAUUAGUAUUAAUAGAACAUUUAUCAUUUAAUAGUAAUAAUGAUCUGGAAGAAACAGCAGAGGAUGAAUCGGUGUCUGAAAAUUCUGUACUUUCUUGUAUACCAACAUCACACGAAUCGGAUGAAGAUCAUUUGUAGAAAAAAGAAAUAUGAAUAUUUCACCCUCUCACUUAUUUGAGAUACAUCAAAUUAUUGAGAAA